AUGUGCCCAAUCAAGAAGGAGACGAGCGCCGAGUCCGGCUCGCCGUGCAGCUCGCCCUCGGCCUCCUCCACCUCGCUGGAGCACCACCAGACAGUGUGGACGUCGUUGCCGAAGAAGCGCCCGCGGGCGCACCAAGUUCCGGGAGACGCGGCACCCGGUGUUCCGCGGCGUCCGGCGCCGGGGCAACGCCGGGCGGUGGGUCUGCGAGGUGCGCGUGCCGGGCGGCGCGGCUGCAGGCUCUGGCUCGGCACCUUCGACACCGCGGACGCCGCGGCCUGCGCGCACGACGCCGCCAUGCUCGCCAUCGCCGGCGGCGCGUGCUGCCUCAACUUCGCAGACUCGGCGUGGCUGCUCGCCGUGCCGGCCUCGGCCUCGUCGUACGCCAGCCUCGCCGACGUCCGCCGCGCCGUGGCGGAGGCCGUGGAGAGCUUCCUGCGACGCGAAGGGGCGGCCGCGGUGGUGGACGACGCGCGCUCGGCCGCGUCCUCGACGUCGUCAUCCCCGGCCAGCGAUGACGAUGAAGCCGAGGAGUCGUCUUCGGCUACCGAGGAUUCGCCGGCGUUCGAACUGGACGUGUUCAAUGACAUGAGCUGGGACUUGUACUAUGCGAGCUUGGCGCAGGCGAUACUCAUGGAGCCACCGCCCACAGUCACCACCGCGUUCUGCGACGACGGCGUCGCCGAAGUGCCACUCUGGAGCUACUAG